UUUUUUCGCGAUUGCCACGGCAAGACGACGGCCUGUACGGUGCAUAGAGCGCGCGCGAGAGCGAACGAGUGGUGGUACUUCGUCGCGGCCCUUUUCAUCAUCAACGAGAGCCGCGCCGUAACGAAUCUCUUGAUUGUCAUAAAUGUGACGCACCCCGCGCGCGGGUGCAUCACUCCUCUCGGGAUCGCUCGCUCCCGCGAGUCUUCUUCGCGGUGUCACCCGUGACGAAGAGGAUGAGUGAUGCGGAUGGACGCGCUCGGCGACGACGGAUUAGCGCGAACACUUAAUUGGAUAAUAUAAUUAACAACGUCAGAUCUUAAUGGGUUAAAAAAAAAAAAAUAAAUAAAGAACCUGCGACUUGUUUCCCGAAUCAGUUAGCUACCUUUGACUUUUUAUCGCGGUACUUGUGAUCAUGGCGAAUCGGGGUACGGCUCAAAGGCCAAAUGGAGCGACACAAGGGAAAAUUUGUCAGUUCAAACUAGUUUUACUCGGUGAAUCGGCAGUGGGAAAAUCAAGUCUUGUUUUAAGGUUUGUCAAAGGACAGUUCCACGAGUAUCAGGAGAGUACAAUUGGUGCUGCAUUUUUAACACAAACAGUAUGUCUGGAUGACACAACCGUAAAGUUCGAAAUUUGGGAUACUGCAGGACAAGAGCGUUAUCACAGUCUUGCACCAAUGUAUUAUCGUGGUGCACAGGCAGCCAUUGUUGUAUACGACAUUACAAAUCAGGAUACAUUCUCCCGUGCCCAAACAUGGGUAAAGGAAUUGCAGCGUCAAGCCAGUCCAAGUAUAGUAAUAGCGUUAGCUGGAAACAAGGCAGAUUUGGCAAAUAAAAGAGUUGUCGAGUUUGAUGAAGCUCAAGCAUACGCGGAUGAAAAUGGCCUUCUUUUCAUGGAAACAUCUGCUAAGACGGCAAUGAAUGUCAACGACAUAUUUCUUGCAAUUGCUAAAAAGCUUCCGAAGAACGAACAGUCAGGAAGUGCAAGUACAAGUGGACAAGGUCGUCGACUAGUCGAAUCAGAUGGGCAAAAAGCAGCAACUGGCAAUUGCUGCAAGUGAUUAUCUAAAUCCAUAUGUACUAUAAUCUACAAAGAUAAAUGCAUCAUGAGUGUGGUACGAUGAAUAUGAGAGGAAGACACACAACAAAGGAAAAAUACUACACAGAGUGGGAAGUGUACUGUGCGGGACAUUCGCAAACAUUUUGCUUGAGUGAUUGACUAAGAGUUUGCGUCUCAAUGUAAUCGACGAUAUAUCAUCUAUUUUGAGUAUCAGAUCUAUUAAGAGAU